AGGACACUGCGCAUGCGCAUUGAGUGGCGCAAGCACAAAAAUAAGAAAAAAUAGUAUUUGAAGCCGUAAGAAAGUGUCGAAUUAUGGACUUAUUGGGGCUGAUAGGAUAGCCCGACCACUGUGGUCUGUCCGUUGAUUCUUACAUCUUUUAGAAGAAGAGAAUGAAGGAGAUGGUUGGUGGCUGCUGCGUCUGCGGCGACGAACGAGGAUGGACGGAAAACCCGCUAGUUUACUGCGAUGGUCACGGUUGUAAUGUAGCCGUUCACCAGGCUUGUUACGGAAUCGUAGCCGUACCAACUGGGCCCUGGUUUUGUCGAAAAUGUGAAUCCCAGGAGCGGGCAGCCCGUGUGAGAUGUGAGUUAUGUCCUCAAAGAGAAGGAGCUUUAAAAAGAACUGACAAUGGAAGUUGGGCACAUGUUGUAUGUGCUCUUUAUAUUCCUGAGGUGUGCUUUGGUAAUGUGUCUACAAUGGAACCAAUUCUUCUUGCUAUGAUUCCACAUGAGAGAUAUAACAAGUCUUGUUUCUUAUGUGAGACAAAGGGCAGGGAAUCUAAAGCAACUACAGGAUGUUGUAUGACGUGCAAUCGGAAUGGCUGUAGGCAAUCCUUUCAUGUUACAUGUGCACAGCAAGAAGGCUUGUUAUGUGAAGAAGCUGGUCAGCACAAUGAUAAUGUCAAGUACACUGGCUACUGCACCUAUCAUUACCAAAAAUUAAAGAAAGACAAAGAUAUCAAGACGAUACCACCCUUCAGACCUUUCGGAGCAAACUACACACCAGAGAAAGACAAAUCUCUCAAUGACAGACCUUCAGAUAAGACAAAGGCGGAUCUCAAGGAGAGGCAUCGCACCAAAUCAGAAAGGAAAGCCAGAACAUUCGAAGUAUGCGCUGUCUAUAACGCCAAAGACAAUAACGAGAGCAGCGCAAACCAGGCUGGUGGUAAUUCGACGGGUCACAGCGCCAAGUUUACGAAUGCAAAUUUCACAGAGACAACAAUAGUCCCUUCAACGUCAAUAUCGGAAGAGACGACAACUAAUGCAAGUGGGGGUGAUAGUUCACUCAUCCUUAAGUUCAGACGGAAUACAGUAAGUUCUGGAAAUGGACAGAAGAGUAAGAAGGAUGGUAAGGGUAAAGGGAGCGGCACUGACUCUGGGCAAGGGGUCACUGCUAUGGAGGAACAAUGCGGUGAAGCGGUUGAAGCGAACUCAGUAACCGAGGAGAGGACUCAAUCCCCUACUCCAUCGGUCGACAAUGCACCUGCAAAUAACAAAAGCUCCAAAAGUCGAAAAGCAGCUUCACGGGAACCAUCGCGCACCCCGACUCCUUCGUCCGUUUCGACCACGCCGUUGGUGAUAACGGAAACGGUGAUGGUCAAAGACUUGCCUCCAGCCGUUGAACCAGAGACACCGGUGGCUGAUACUGACAGUGCUACGCCAAUCAGCAGCAGCUCAACUUCCGCUGCACCUGGUAGCACUAGCACCAUGGUAGAUGUAGAAAAGGUCAGCUCUCCCUCGACCUCCCCAGCUCCUGACGUGAAAAGCAUCGAUGUCAAGAAGCCGAUCAUCGAGGAGGAUCGCAAAGACAAGACGACGAUCCUCGGAAGCGGUAGCGAAAAGCAUGAGAAGAAGAAGCACAGGAGACAAAGUAAGGAAUCUAAAAGCUCCAGGAGUCAUAGAGAACACUCUGGGGAUGAUGAUUAUGGCAGUAAAAAGCGUAGGAGAACAAGUGGUUCAUCGUUGGGGAAUACGCUAUCAAGAGAUAUGGGUCUGUACUCGUUUGGACAGAGAGGUAUUAUGUCACAGGGCUUGUCGUCCGUGGGUGAUGCAUCACCAAGCACAAAGAGUGCCACACCCAACCCUGAUGAAUUAGCGAUCCAUGAUGUGUUUAGUACUGCUAACCAGAGUGGGCUUCUUAUUGGACCACCUAGACCAGGAGCUAGUAGACAAAGCCAACACAAUUCAACUGGAUCUACCAUGCCUGCUACCAUGGAGCAGUUACUUGAAAGACAGUGGGAUCAAAGCUCUGAAUUCUUAAUGCAGCAGUCAUCACAUCUCGAUAUUGCAUCCCUACUAUCUUGCCUACAUCAGCUACGUCAAGAGAACCUCCGUCUAGAGCAGCACAUCAGUAGCUUGGUACAGCGUCGCGAUCACCUCCUUGCUGUCAAUGCCCGUCUCUCACUGCCCCUAACCCAGGGAGGUUCCAUCGCCAAUGCCAUGGGGCUAGGAGGACUGGGAGCCGGAGGAGUGGGAGCAGGUGGAGUGGGAGCUGGAGGGGACAAUAGCCCAGGAUCAGCGGGCAGUGGUUCCAACACGAGGAGUCCGAGAUUUAACAAUGUCCUGCAUAACGCCCAGGGGCAGGAUUUGAUGAGUAGUUACGGCAGCAGCCACAGUUUGAACCAAUCCCUUAACCAAUCAUCUAUCAGCCUUGGCGGCAGUCCUGCACAUGCUCAGUCACUCAGCCAAUCACCGAGCUCCUCAUUCAACCAAUCGCAUCCGCAAUCUUCAUUGACCAAUCACAUCGCUCAGCUGACGUCGACACCAGUCAGCCUCAACCACUCCUCCGGAGGGGUGUCCAUGUCUUUGACGACGACCACCACGGCGACCACAACCACUACCAGUAGCAGUAGUUCCCUCGGGGUAUGUCUGUCUGGGGCUAGGUUACCGUCGGGUCUCCCGGUGGGGCAUCCGAUGAGUAGUGAAGCUAAUGUGAUGUCGACAGCUCAGCAUCUUCAUCCCGGUCAUGGAGUCAGAUCCUCUCCCAGCAGCCAUCUCAUCAAUGUCAACCAUAGCAGAUCAAGUCCUGUUCCAGGGAGGACAACACCCAGUAGAGGGCAGCAGAGCCAUGGGGGAGGAGGAGUGGGCAGGUCUAAGGGUUCCGGAGGGAGGAUGGCAAGUGGGGCAGGAGUCCGAUCAUCACCAGGAACAUCAGGAAGCAUAUCAGCAGGAACUCCUGUAUCAAGACCAACAGAUGGGUCUGGUGAUGGCAUCAGGGAGAAGCAAGGGUCAGGAGUGAAGGAUAGUGGGUCAUCCUUAUCGUCAUCAUCGGGAGGGCAUGGGAUGGGCAUGUACCACACCACCCCUCAUCAACAGCAGCAGCAGCAGCAGCAUAUGGGUGUCAACCAUGGAAGGCAUCUAACACCAGAGCAGCAGCAUCUCGUCUAUCAGAUGAUGCAUUCCACAUCUUCCAAGUCUCAGCAUCAUCUUCACCAUCAGGCAGGAGGAGGAGGAGGCGGGGCUUCUCAACGCCAUCAAGGCUCUGCCCCUCCUCCCCCAUCAACCUCAACACCUUCAACCUGCCCUCCCAAUGGGGAUGUUACCAGGGCUCAUGUCCCGCCCCCAUCAAAGGCAUCUACAACAGUGAGAUCAGACAGGAGGACGGGGAAUAACAGUGCGAAGGAUAAGACCUAGCUGUCAGGAAACUCGAAUGAUCUUUUCACCUUGGUCCUCUAUUUGCUCCUGCUGCCAUCGCUUGCCCCCUCCACGUCAUAGCAUUGUGAGCUGGUUGAUAGGUUCAGUAUAAACAGCACCCUUGUUCAUGGAUUUUCCUGUAGUUUCCUGCAGUGUGUUCUGGGUCCUGUGUCACAAAGACUUGUUGUAACAACAAAUGCGCAAUUCAUCUAACAAGUUAACUAUCUUCUAAUCAAAUUGAAAGAUUUCAGUAGCUUUAUUGCCAAUGCUUUAUCAUAAUAAGUUUUAUGAAACCGGCCCUGGUGGUAAAGACUAAGAAGGAAACAUUGGUUCUUCAUGAAAUGACAUACCAAUCGGCAGGAGUUUCCCCCGACUCAACUAUAUAUCCCUUUUAGCUGUGGCCCCUGCAAGCCAACCCCCUAUCUUGUCUGUCCUUCGAGCCAUAGCUGCAGCAGCAUACCGUGCUACCUGACUAGGGCUGUUCUCAUGCUAUCUUUGGGUUUGUUUGUCUAGGUUUAUGAUCAAACAACCAUUUUUAAUCCCCAAAGAUGGUUUUCAACUCACAGUUGCAUUCAAGCAAUUUUAUAUUUGAGAACAUUGUAAAUGGUGCAUAUAAGAGGUGCUUCUGCUCAUUGCAACAGAGCUCACAAUCUUGAUGCUAUGACAGGCAGUCACAUCAUCAAGCUGGAGUAGACAUGAUAGCUGUGAGAGGAUUGUUAUUGUGCAAAAACAACAUGGCCCCUGAAAUGGUAUUGUGUUCAGCCUGGCUAGAUCCACCACUGAUGACAGGAGCAUUUCGUCAACAUUUUUCGUCCAACAAGUUGUCAGAUUUGACAAUUUUGCUUAAAGGGGAAUCCAGCUUUGGCCAUAGAAUGUUGUGUUGGGAAGGAGAAAAAUAAAUUAAACAGAAUGGUGAAAGUCUGAAAGAAAUCGGACAAGCAAUAAGAAAGUUAUAGCUGCUUUAAAAUUGAGAUCACUAAUACUAUGUAGAUUUCAAAUUGGCAACUGGGUAAGUAAAUCAUGACAAGGGGCAAGGACAACUUUCCCAUAGGCCAUGUACUUUAUUAUCAGGGAUUUGUGGUUUUCUCCUAAGUACCCAUUCCCCUGGGGCAAUAAUCUACCCAGGUAGUAUAUUGUUUUAUGUCCUCAUGAAAAAAAAUUAUAAUUUUAAAUAAAACUUUUGGGAAAAAUGACAUUUUAGCCAUAAUAUGUAUUGGAGUACAUGGAAGAGUAGUCCUUGCCUUACAUCACUAUGACAUCCCAUAUGCGGCCAAUUUGAAGUGUCCAUGGGUAUAGUGAUUACCAAUAUUUACAACUUUUGAAAAUUCAUAACUUUCUUGUUGUUUGUCCAAUAUUGUUCAAACUUUCACCUAUCAACUUGUCUGAUUUCUCUUUUUUUCCUUAUAAAAACACGUUUUCAUUUGGGUUGGAUUCCCUUUUCAUUAUUAUUGGCUGUGAAGCAAUGUUACUACGGCAUUUGUCGGACAAACAAGACUUGUCGGAUAAAACGUCUGAUAAGUCCUUUCAUGAAUUGCUUCCCAGUCUUCUACUGGGCUGAUUGACUGUGCAGUAUGGUUGGGAAGAUGGAGAAAACGAGUUCAUGAAAGACUGAUCAAACACUAUCCCGCAGUGACUGCAUCCCUGUGGCAUUAUAGUUUGUGAUUUAUCACCUUAACUUUCUAGAGAUUGAUCAAAUACACCAGCAUAGGAAAUACAUAGGGGUGACGGGCGAUUAUUUUUCCCUUGUUAGAGUCAAAAUCGCCCCUGAAAUUUGCAAAUCGGAUGCUUUGGGGGUGACCCUCUGUUUCAAAAUUGCCCCAAGAUGUGCCACUGAAAAUCAAUAUUCUACAUACUACAGAAUGAUUACACCAUGAUUGUUUAGCAAAAGAAGUAGCCUUGUAAUGAAGGAAAUAGCUCUUGAAAUUCAGCAGUCGCCCCAACGUGGCACCCAAAAUAGCCCCUUAAAUAACUAUUUCCUACUCUGGAGCAGGGCAUAAAGAUUAUCAAACAAGAUCACAGUAAAUCACAUUAGUAAGGUUUUAAUAAAUAAUGAUUGAUAAUUGUAAAAACUGAGACAUUCGAUUAUCAAUGAUCAAUCACCACUUGUGAUUCAUUGGUGGUCAUUCAAACGUUUAAUCUAUCAGGUAUACAACCCCUUUGAAUGUCGAUCCUUCAAGGUCAAUCUUUCAAGGUCAAUCUUUCAAGGUCAAUCAUUUAAGGAAAAUCCUUCAAGGUCACCUUGAAGGGCAUUAAUUCGAAGGUGAAAAGUCUUGAAGGUGAAAUCCUUAGUUGUACCUUGAGAAAACUAAAUU